AUGUCAAACACAUGUCACUUGAAUCUAUUCGAGUCGUUGUCUACCCAACAAUACAUCACUUUCUUCGUGGGCGGCCCCGUGUGGGCGACCGCCUGGUGUCCCCUCCCGCACAGCGCCACCACUUGUGAUCAGUUCUUAGCCGUGGCGUCGAACAUGAAUUGGGACACAACUCACACACUGAACGACACGGACAUCGAGAGCGGACUCAUUCAGCUCUGGAGCGUCGGACAACUCGGCACUGCAUUCGACGCCACAGUUAAGCCCCGACUGGCCUUCAGUAUUGCCCACUGCUGUGGAAUGGUAUGGGAUAUGGAGUGGUGUCCGGGCGGCACCACAUGGGACGACAUCAGCGGUCAUAAGCCAAAUGAUACUCAAGCCUUGCCUCGUAUGGGACUGUUAGCCCUGGCGUGCGGCGACGGUUUCGUACGCAUUCAUAGUAUACCUCAUCCCCAGACACUCAACAAUUCAUACGACAAUACUCUCUAUUAUAACGAACCGGUCGUUAUACUAAACCCUCCCGGAGUGGGAAACUCAGUCAACUGCGAGAACACAAUCUGUAAAUGCAUUUCUUGGAUCAAAUCCAACGAACAGCACCUAAUCGUCGCCGGAUAUGGCAGUGGAGUGAUCGCCGUCUGGGAUCUGACCACCAAAUCGUCGCUUCUGAUUGUGGAGCAGAGCGUCAGUCAAACCAUAUUAAGACCGCUCAACAGUUGGAUGGCUCACAGCGCGUCCGUCAAUGGCAUCAAAUGGUUUGACUCAUCCAGCGAUCAGUUCGUCGUUUCGUGUGGUUUCGAUCGGUCGGCAAAACUCUGGAAUCUAAAGGAUCUGACCGUUCCCAUCACUACCGUCAAGAGGGGGUUAUUUACCGCAAUCGACACUCAUAUGCAAUGGAACGGAAUGUUUUUGGGCAACGAUGACUGCUAUCUUGCAAACAGUCUGACCACUCAUAAGAGCUGUGUUUGGGAUAUGUCAUUAUCUGAGUGGACGGCAGCAGUGGUCAGUGUAGACGCGGCCGGAGAAGCAGUCAUUUUCCCGAACUUUCAAUUCAAAGCCGACCCAAAGAGGAAACCCUACGAUAGACUUCCUCUGUUCCAUAUCUCAGUCCAGCCCUUGGAUGAGAUAACACCCAAACCAUCGAAGAAUACGAAAACUAAGAAAUCGAAGCAAAAGGACGACAAAAAUGAUUUAAUAAUC